UGAAAGGCGUGAUGCGGUUCGGCCGAAAGGGUAAGCUCAGUCCGCGUUAUAUUGGGCCUUAUCAGAUUAUUAGAAAAAUUGGAAAUGUCGUCUAUGAGUUAGAUCUGCCAUCUGAUUUGGAAGCGGUACAUCCGGUAUUCCAUGUAUCUAUGCUCCGCAAAUGCAUUGGUGACCCUUCCAGAAUAUUCCCUGCGGAUGAUAUUCAGGUGACGGAGCAGUUAUCGUACGAGGAGCAGCCCGUAGCCAUUUUGGACCGCCAGGUAAGAAAGUUCCGGAACAAAGAUGUAGCCUCUGUUAAGGUGCUGUGGCGGAACGAUAAUAGGGAGGAAAUGACCUGGGAGGCCGAAGAGGAAAUGAAGAAGAAAUAUCCUCAUCUGUUCCCUAUACCCACAGUUGUUUUGGAGGAAGGAGCCCUUGUUUCAUCAAUUUGAUCAUAUAUCCAAGUGAAGAAGACUAGAGAAAAAG